CACCCAGGGCAGCUCUUUUUCCUAGAGUACAAGGCCAAGUGCAAUAAUGCGUAAAAGUUGCUACAGCUGUUGUACAUAGACACGGUGCCACAUUCUCUUGCUAUGCAGCUUACUGCUGCGUAUAAGCGGCUGUAAGUCAAUCUCUGUCUCUCCCUGUCUGUCAGCGGUGCCGCUAGGUCUGAUAAUGACGUCAGUGGAGGCCACUCUGGACACAGUGAGACAGCAGGUGGGGCAUUUCACUGUUCCAGACGAGAACGAGGGUGGGGACAGACCUCUCGCGGAGAACUGGAGGUUUCUUGAGAGUAAGAUCACCCCUUGUCUCUUCUCUCUCCUUCCGUUUCUUCCUCUAUCGAUAGUAAGCUUUGACCUCUGACCCUCACCCUUCUCUCUCUCUCUUCUGGCUGACUAUUUGUCCUCUUUCCUAUUCCUCCUCCGUCCUUAUUACCUCCCUCCAUCCCUGUAUAUUCCACCCCAAACCUCUCUCCUCCUUCUAUUUUCUCUCUCUCUCUUCUCUCCAUUGUUGUUAUAUUUUCUGCACCAACAUAUUAACGUAACUGUUCUUCUAUGUAUGGCACUUCUGUUCACCUCUCCAUUUCUUUUCCCCUCAGCUAACAGCAGUGGGUUGUAUGAGCAGAUGUUUCAAAUCACUCCGGACCAAGAGCACUCUAUCGUCAUUGGCAACAUGCCUUCCGACGGCAUCAUUGUCAUGGAGAUGGACUCUGUGGUACACUUGCGGGCAAAACUCUUCUCGCCUGAAGAAGACUUACCCGAACAUCCGCUGUCAUCGCUACCUGAAGAGGAGUCUCAAUCACGACAAAUUGGAAGGAACCACUCGUAUAGUGAGUGUAUAUGUACAACAGUCCUACCACAGAUCAUGAAUAUCAUUAGCCACUGUGUGAUGUGAAUUGUGUUGUAGGGAGGGCCACUAGUCCAAGCUGUGAUGUGUGUCCUCUUCCUCCUCCUCGCGCAAUGUCUGUGGCCGACCGUAAUGCAGGAGACCCAAGUCUACAAGUUCCAGGAAGUCGUUUUGACCAGAAAAGAGGGAGCAUAGGAUCAAACCAAUCAGAGGAUGGAUACGAGGGAGACUCUGAAAAUCUGUCUCCAAGCCCUCUACGGAACAUUGACAUGGGAUCAGAUUCAACAGGAGGUGAUACAGACGCAGGGUCGGCUCCGAGCAGUCUACAAAAGGCACUCAUCGAUGCCGUCAAAAGAGGACAACUGAAGAAAGUACAACAGUAUCACGAAGCAGGUGCUAAGUUGACUGUUGCCGGUAGCAACGGAUGGACGGCACUGCACCACGCAGCGAGACUCGGCAAAUAUGAGAUCGUCACAUAUCUAGUUCAACACUUACCAAAAGAAGCACUUGAUUUAGUUGAAAACGAAAAGCUGCAGACACCUCUACACAAAGCUGCGUGGUACGGUUAUUUCGACAUAUGCAAAGUUCUAGUUGAAAGCGGGGCUUCACUAUACAGACAAGACUAUCAGGGAAAUACAGUGAUGGUUCAAGCCAGGAGAAGUGGAGACAACGAACUAAUGAAAUAUCUCAAAGAAAAAGAAUCUUCACGUCAACAAUCUCUGGAUGAUGAAGAACAGGCCAUCUAAAAUUGUUAUCCCAUCAAAAUUAGACAUACUGCUCCUUAUAACAAUACUUUACAUUCUAUUGCCAACUGUGGUGGUUCUGUUUUUAUAUAAAUGGCGUUGUACAGUAUGCAUCCACCUUUUCUAUUGCUUGUGCGGAGAUUUGCGCAUGCGCAUAUUGUACAAGUGAGCCCCUCCCACUUUUAAUCUGUUUGUCUACCUACCUGCACAACACUGAGCUACUAGCUUAGCUCUAGAGACAACUGGCCGGCAAAAAACUAAGAACGAGCCAUGAACCGACACAGAAACGCGAGAGAGCCGGAGCUCUCGCUACUGGCGAAGGGACGAGGGCUGAUGGACGGUGGAGUCGAGUUGGAAUGCUUUGCAGACGACCGAAGAUCAUUCACACUCAAUGGUGAGUCCUUCAUCAGACCUUCCACGAGUCCAGAAGGGCAACAGGCAAAGCCGUACAGAAGAUUCCAGCUAAUGCUCCCCAAGACCUAUGUCACCAGAAGAGGUCAAAUGGUUCUGUUUACAUCGCCUGGAGACAUGAUAGUCGGCCAGUCAGUGACGCUGCAGCAUCGGAAAGAGGUGACCAGUGCUACAGCUGCUCGCAGACUAAAGACAGUCAAUAAACUUGUCUCUUCCUCCAUGGACUACGAACCAACCAAGUCAAAAUCUUCAGAGGUCGGGGAGUUCACUCCUGUCUACCUCCAGAGACUACGUGAAGCUGCAGAGAGGGCAAAGGAGGCUGAAAACUACGAAGCACAGGGUUUAGACAAAGAUGAGAACAUGGAAGAAGAUGACUUGGAAGCUGCAGACUCUGGAGUUGGACCAUCUCUUCGGCCAUCUUCCUCCGGUCGUCUCUCGUCUCUCUCUCACUACAGCGAUGGAACUGUCAUCCAGAUACCAGGGGAGAGACUAAUGGAAGAGAGGGAAGAUUUGACAGUAUCACCUACAGACCCAUUCAAACUACUAGCUGGAGAACUGGGAGGCCACAUGGCAAGUGGACAAAAAGUCAAGACUAAGCCAAGCGGCGGAAAAAGCACGAAAAAACGAAAAGCCACUUCGGACAUGACUACAACAGCCCAGAAACAAAAACCUUCGAAAACAAAAGGAAAGAAGAGAAAGAGAGGGAAAAAACCGACACAGAAAGACAGUACAGAUGGGGGUGGGGUUUCCCACGGAAGUUCAAAGGUCAACGUUCUGAGGGACUUGGAGAGUAAGAGGAGAGAGAAGAGGGAGUUGGAGAGGCAGAGGGAAGAGCAGGCGAGGGAGCGUGCGAGGUUGGAGGACGAGUUGAGGAAACUGAGAGAGAGCAAGACGGAGGGAGAAUCGGAGGUGUCCGAUGAAGGAGCCAGCGAGGGAGGAGGGAGAAGGGGGAGGGGAGAGUGUGUUGCCAUGGCAAGAGGCGGAAUAAAGGCUGACAUGGAACACAAGAGAAAUGAUGAAGAUACAUGUCACAGGAAGAGAGACAGCACAGAGGGACACAGACGGAAAUUGACGGAGGCAGAGAGAGCUGCGCGGGCCCGGGAAGCGUACGAAAAAGGAGCGAAGCUUCGAGAGAAAUCCAACUACAACAACCACCGCGAGUUACAAUCACUCAGACUUUCCCAGUCAAUAACACCCGCCUAUACAUUCAGCUACUUUCAACACGUACCCCCUAGGGGGGCCGAAAAUUCUAGCAGCGGGGGAACUGCAAAGGGGAGCCGGAGGGGACAGCAAUCUAAGAAGCAGAGGCAGCCGAAAAAGUGAUGUCGUUUUUUGUUUCAAUGAUGUAACGUAACUAUGUUUUUGUGUACAAAGUCAAUGUUGUUGCGUAUGCAGUAUAAAUGUUUUACGCACACUACUGUAUAUAUUAUUAUGGAGGGAAAUUACAACCAUGCUCAGAGGCUGAAUACGUGUCAUCUUGUCAGUAUCCUUGUUCGCGAUUCACCGCAUGCAGCAAUUGUUUGGUUUAUAUUGUGCCAUUCCCCCUCCCUCUCUCUUUUACCAAACACACU